AUGGCUGGUGUGAUACGAGUUACUGGCCGGCUCAGACUUUCGGAUGAAGGAUACGAUUUUAAGCACCCAAUACUGCUACCUGGAUUUCAUUACUUUACUCGUUUACUGUUGAUGUCAAUCCAUUUGAAAACCUUACAUGGGGGAGUUUCGCUCACACUUGCAGUCAAUCGUAAUGAAUUUUGGCCUACUAAUGGUAGGCGAGCAGUGCGUAACACGAUUCAUAAAUGCUAUCGCUGCAUUCGUGCGAAUCCUCAACCGAUUAAACAACCUAUAGGGCAAUUGCCACAUGCCCGUCUCAGUCCUAGUCGCCCAUUUUCCAUCACUGGAAUCGAUUAUUGCGGACCAGUUUUUGUUAAAACUCCGGGUCGGAAAGCAUCCCCGAUUAAAGCUUAUAUAGCAAUAUUCGUGUGUUAUAGCACUAAGGCUGUGCAUAUCGAGUUAGUGGGCGAUUUAAGCACAGCAUCCUUCAUGUCCGCACUUAGACGCUUUAUUGCCAGACGUGGCUGCCCGCAACAGAUUUUUUCGGACAAUGGUACAAAUUUCGCCGGUGCCAAAAAUGAACUGCAUGGCCUGUAUCAAAUGCUCACGAAGCGUACCGAAAAUAACCGUAUCGCUAAUAGUCUCGCAACGGAGGGGAUCACUUGGCAUACUAUACCACCACGUGUGCCAAACUUUGGCGGCCUAUGGGAGGCUGCUGUGAAGGUGGCGAUAACGCAUCUCCGUCGUCAACUAGGAAAUACAACACUGUACUACGAGGAUUUGGUGACGAUAUUAACCCAAAUUGAGGGCUGUAUGAACUCUCGGCCACUAGCCCCUUUGUCUGAAGAUCCCAAUGACAUGGAAGUCAUUACACCGAGUCACUUUCUUUUCGGUUCAUCUUUGCAAGCUAUACCCGAUUUAGAUUGGAAAAAUGUGCCGAUCAAUAGACUAAACCGCUUUCAAUUCGUGCAACAAAAAGUGCAACAAUAUACCUGA